AGCCCGAGGCUCGAGGGCAGCCUCCACCCCUUCCUGGGCUUUCCCCGACCCACUUCCCGGUCGGCCCCGGGCAUGAGCAGCGAUGGCCGGCUGCAUCCCUGAGGAGAAAACUUACCGGCGCUUCCUGGAGCUAUUCCUGGGCGAGUUUCGCGGACCGUGCGGCGGCGGCGAGCCCGAGCCGGAACCCGAACCUGAGUCGGAGCCCGAGCCCGAACUGGUAGCGGCUGAGGCGGCCGAGGCUUCGGUGGAGGAGCUCGCGGAGGAGGCGGCCACGGUAGCCGCGACAGAGGAGGGGGAGCCAGAGCAGGAGCAAGACCCCGAGCCCGAGGAGGAGGCGGUGGAAGAGGAGGCGGUAGCGGCGGCGGAGGGCGAGGAGGAGGAGGCGGCGGCAGCCCGGGGGCAGUCGGCCGUGCCGCCGCCGCAGCCCCAGCUGCCGCCGCUGCCCCCGCUCCCGCGGCCGCUGUCGGAGCGCAUCACCCUCGAGGAGGUGGAGGGCGAGAGCCUGGACCUGUGCCUGCAGCAGCUCUACAAAUAUAACUGCCCUUCAUUUUUGGCUGCUGCUUUAGCCAGAGCCACAUCAGACGAAGUCCUUCAGAGUGAUCUGUCUGCACAUUAUAUCCCAAAGGAAACGGAUGGCACAGAAGGGACUGUGGAGAUUGAGACAGUGAAAUUGGCCCGUUCUGUCUUCAGCAAACUACAUGAGAUUUGCUGCAGCUGGGUGAAAGACUUCCCUCUCCGCAGGAGACCCCAGCUUUAUUAUGAGACAUCAAUCCAUGCCAUCAAAAACAUGCGCAGAAAAAUGGAGGACAAACAUGUCUGCAUUCCUGACUUUAAUAUGCUCUUCAACCUAGAGGACCAGGAAGAACAAGCUUACUUUGCAGUGUUUGAUGGCCAUGGGGGAGUGGAUGCUGCCAUUUAUGCCUCCAUUCACCUGCAUGUUAACUUAGUACGCCAGGAGAUGUUCCCCCAUGAUCCUGCUGAGGCCCUGUGCCGGGCCUUCCGGGUCACUGACGAGCGGUUUGUGCAGAAAGCAGCCAGGGAGAGCUUAAGAUGUGGCACCACAGGAGUGGUGACUUUUAUCAGAGGCAACAUGCUACAUGUGGCUUGGGUUGGUGAUUCCCAGGUUAUGCUUGUGAGAAAGGGCCAAGCUGUUGAACUAAUGAAGCCACAUAAACCGGACAGAGAGGAUGAAAAGCAGCGAAUUGAGGCCCUUGGAGGUUGUGUAGUCUGGUUUGGUGCCUGGAGGGUGAAUGGAAGUCUAUCGGUCUCCAGAGCUAUUGGAGAUGCUGAACAUAAGCCAUAUAUCUGUGGGGAUGCAGAUUCUGCAUCUACUGUUUUGGAUGGAACUGAAGACUACCUCAUUCUGGCCUGUGAUGGCUUCUAUGACACCGUGAACCCUGAUGAGGCAGUGAAAGUUGUGUCUGACCACUUGAAGGAGAAUAAUGGAGACAGCAGCAUGGUUGCCCACAAAUUAGUGGCAUCAGCUCGUGAUGCUGGGUCAAGUGAUAACAUCACUGUUAUUGUGGUAUUCCUGAGGGACAUGAACAAAGCUGUACAUGUUAGUGAGGAAUCAGAUUGGACAGAGAACUCUUUUCAAGGAGGGCAAGAAGAUGGUGGGGAUGAUAAGGAGAAUCAUGGAGAGUGCAAACGCCCUUGGCCUCAGCACCAGUGCUCAGCACCAGCCGAUCUAGGCUAUGAUGGGCGCGUGGAUUCAUUCACUGAUAGAACUAGCCUGAGCCCAGGGUCCCAAAUCAACGUGCUGGAAGACCCAGGCUACCUAGAUCUCACUCAAAUAGAAGCAAGCAAACCUCACAGUGCCCAGUUUUUGCCACCAGUUGAGAUGUUUGGUCCUGGUGCACCAAAGAAAGCAAAUCUAAUUAAUGAGCUAAUAACAGAGAAAAAAUCAGUUCAAUCAUCAUUGCCUGAAUGGAGUGGUGCUGGAGAGUUUCCCUCUUCUUUUAAUUUGGGUUCAACAGGGCAGCAGAUAUACAGAAUGGAGAGCUUGUCUCCUGUCUGUUCUAGGUUGGAAAAUGAACAGUUCAAAUUCCUGGGAAAGAGAGUUUCUAGAUUGUCUCAUUUACGCCACCACUACUCAAAGAGGUGGCAUGGAUUCAGGUUUAAUCCAAAGUCUUAUUCAUUUCUCUCUGCUCGAGAGCCUUCCCACAAAAUAGGCACUAGCCUGUCCUCACUUAUUCGAAGUGGGAAGAGAAAUAGGAUGUUAAGAAGUUCUCUGCCAUGGAGGCAAAGUAGUUGGAAAGAGUACAGUGAAAACAUGAUGAGGAAGCUCAGAAAGAGUAAUGAUAUGCCAUACCCAGAUCUUCCCUGGAGCUAUAAAAUAUAAUACUUUCUUGUUAAAGUAGGCUAGCUAGCUCUCCCCCCAAUAAAAACACCACCAUCAGAGUAGAAACAAGGUAGACAUUUCUGAAAUGUAUGUGCUUCAUUAUGAAACCAUGGAUGGCUCAAUUCUUAAAUGUAAAUAGAUCUCUAGGAAACUCAAAAUAGUGUUUUCAAUCUAAAAAAGAAGUAUUGGCGGUUUCACUAGCAAAAUUAUACAACUAGUCCCUGUGAUGUGUCUCCACACCUACAUACAACCCCCACCCCACUGCCCCUUCACGUCACUAGUGGAAGCCUGCGAGUUAGUUACUUCAGUCAGGUUAGAGAGUGUUGAAAUCUCAACGCAGUUGAAAUCUGGUCUGAUGUGCCUAAUAUAUCUAUGGAAAACAAUGCAGAAUUAGAUUUAGUUGGAAAACGUUUCUCAAAAUACUGAGAACUAUGAGGGAAACUCUUCUCCCUUUUUUUUUUCAGUAGGUAAAAGACUAAAAGCCAUAUGGGUCUUAACUGGUAACAAUGAAAGUAGAAAACCAGUGUAAAAAUGUCAUAUUCUCAAACUUGUGAGGCAGUAUAUAGUCAAAACGAUUUACUGAUUUUUUUCUGUAACAUAAUAGAAUAUGAAAAUUUUUUGAAUUAAAAAGUAUUUCCUAGGGCUGUAGCUAUUUGGGAGUUUCAUAACCUGUUAUGGUGCUUUUGGUGGAAUUUUUAUUAUUUGUCAUUUUAAAAGACCACUGUCAACUGGUUUUAACUUACGAUGCUAAUAUGUCUUUUACUGUACCUUCAUCUCAGGAAUAAAACUGGUUAAAUGGAGAUGAUGUCAGGUACAAAUAUACUAGAAUCAAGUUGCCAUUUAAAAAGAAAAUCAAAUAGUAUUUCUAUUUUUUCUGCCACUUUUUUUUUUAAGUUCACGGACAGCAAAGGCAUAUACUACUAUAAAAUAAAAAGUAGUUUUGGAGAAUGAAAAAAUAAAUACUAGUUUUAACUUCUGUAGAAUUGUUUCCCCUCAAAGGAAUGAAAAAGUAAUUGGUGUGAAGGAGGCUCAAAGUACUGCCUACAGUGAGCCCAGAGGCCAAGUGCAAAGGAGAAUGCACAUUACUAAGACUGAGGUCUGUUUGUUUGGUUAUAAACAGAGAAUGCUCCAGAGUCCUGCUACAUGCAACUUCAGACUGCAGAGACAGGACAUGUGUUUCCCAUUUCAACAUUUAUGUGAUAUUUUCAAGUUGCCUGCUUUUUGCCAUUUUUGCGGUUUCAAGCCAGGGCAUAUCUUCAACUAAAGACAGAAAAUAAACUACCAAUCAGAUUCAUUUGAUGAAGCAGCCUCUGCUUUUCUGAGAAUCGUGAAUGUCUCCACGUGACAUUUUACCCUCCCCUAGGCAACCGUGGACCAGCCAUGCCCACAGACAGGAGCUGCCUGCUGUAGUGCUCAGUCACUCAUACCGGUAGGAGGCACCAAAUGCUCUUGCUGAGAAACGUCCAUUGCCGAAUCAUGUUUUUACAUAAUAAUACAAUUACUCUAUGUUCCCCACACCCAUAACAGAAGAGUGAAAUUCCUGGAUUUUAAAAACAUAGAGGACUGUAGCAUAUUUUGAGUGCCAGUAUAUCAAAUAAAUAAAAAUAGCUCCACUUUAGCAAUGAUCAGACUGUUAGUCUACAGAUUUUAUUUUUAAAAAUUUGGAUGUAAGUAGAGAUUUUCAGUAUUUGUUUUCUCUUGAUUUUGAA